CCACCGUCUUGGGCGGACGCCUCGUGCUCUCUCUCUCUCCUUCUGUCCCUCGCGCACACACACACAAGUCCGCCCGCCCUGGCAGUCCUAUAGCCCCUAGCCAGGUGGAUUGGUACACACGCACUUACAUAUGUAUAUAUACACAUACUAGUGUAUACUUAGAUCAAAUCGAUGGUCGUUUUGGGGAGUCGCCAAUCACAUAAGAAUGAACAAAUUCACUGAUGUUUGUACCACGGAAUUCUGGUGAAUGAAAGGUGUUGCAAGUUGCAGUAUCUCGCGUACAGCAGUGACCUUCACUGCCUCGCCUGCAACAGUGUCUUCCUUGAGUGAACCAUUGACCCGAGUGCUGACCAUCGCGCGGAUUGCUGCUCCAGGAUUUGCGUUACAGGAUCUUUUAACGAUCUUCAGCCGUGGCCAGCCUCGUUACAGUGCCCCUUGAAGCCUGUUAACUGCCAGCUACACUUCAACACGCUGUAUAGGAGACUCCUGCAGCAUCUGUGUGCGUCUUAGAGUCUUACUACGGCAGCCGUCACACACACCUGUCUCCAGGGAUCCGUACACCGUCACCCCAUCACCAGUGAGCCGUCACCCCAUCACCAGGGAGCUGUCACCCCAUCGCCAGGGAGCCGUCACCCCAUCACCAGGGAGCCGUCACCCCAUCACCAGGCAGUGGUCACCAUGCGUCCGUGGAGCUGGUCAACAUUAGGCCUGGCACAAGUGGUGAUCAACCUGGUGCUGGUGACCCUCUGCGCCACUCACCCGUUCCCGUACCUCAGAGGUAGCCGCUAUGGCUAUGGACGCAACAUCCGACGCCUCCCGUGCGUGUCCAAGCACAAGGAGACAGGCGUGUGCAUGUUCGCUUGGGACUGUAUGAAGGCCAACGGUACUCACCUCGACACCUGCAUUGACAGAUUCUACUUCGGAUCUUGCUGCAAAUUGAGCCCAGGGACCCAAGAUCUUUCCUCGGAGAUUACCAAUGAGAUUCCCUCUGGAGAACGCCCUACCAUCCCUGGCUACAUCCCGACCCUGAAGCCGGGAGUGGCUACUACCGCGGGCGAUGAAAGUGACCUGAAGACCUCAACAGAACACACCCCGAUCACGGCCGAAGGAGCCACAGAUGAUCAGACUGCAACGAGUGAUGGACAGACUGGAACCGGCGUAGGACAGACCGGAACCAGCAUAGGACAGUCUGUAACACCAAGCAUCAUAAACAAAGUUGCAGCAGUCGGACCCAUCGAAGGACAGACUGAAACCAGCACAGGACAGACUGGGACCGGCGAGGGACAGACUGGAACUACCGAAAAACAGACUGGAACCACCGAAGGACAGACUGGAACCGGCGAGGGACAGACCGAAACCACUGAAGGACAGACCGGAACCAGCGUAGGACAGUCUGUAACACCAAGCAUCAUAAACAAAGUUGCAGCAGUCGGACCCAUCGAAGGACAGACUGAAACCAGCACAGGACAGACUGGGACCGGCGAGGAACAGGCUGGAACCACUCAUGGACUUCCUGGAUCUCCAGAUACACAGACUGGAACAACUGUUGAAGAUCAAGGGGACACCAGCCCCGAUGAAGCCUCCACAGCGACUGAAGCGAGCGUUGCUGUUGAUCCGGAGCCAACACACACUGACGUGACCGUUCCGGGUAUCACAGAGCCCCAGGGACCUGAAAGCCCCGCUGUUGGUGGGAGCACUACAGUCUCUCCUGGAAGUGCCGCCACUCCUGAAGGAGGAGCUACUCUUCCAGAGACUGAACCUACCCUCCCUGAUCUGGAGUCUGCCACGCCUGUUAGCGCUCCUGCUACCGAAACCACAGCCAAAGAACCAACAGCCGCCUCUCCAGAAGAAUGCACGGAAGCAGUGUCAGGCUCUGUGGGUGAUACGACUAUUCCAGCACUUGAAGAUACACAAAACAGUACCCAUUCAGUACCGGAAACUGGCACCACAGUUGCUACCACAAUCCAGGAAACUGGCUCGUCGGAGUUAACUGGGGUGACCGAGGAUAUCUUCAACAGAGAGUCAACAGAGAAGCCUACUUCAACGGACAUGCCUACAACACCAGGCAUAGUUGACAAGACCGCAGUAAUAGGCCAAACAGAGCAGCCUGCAACACCAAGUGCAACAGAGAAGCCUGCAACACCAAGUGCAACAGAGAAGCCUGCAACACCAAGUGCAACAGAGCAGCCUGCAACACCAACCAUAAUAGACAAAGUUGCAGCAAUAGGUCCAACAGUGAAACCUGCAACACCAAGUGUAGCAGAGCAGCCUGCAACACCAAGUGCUUCAGAGCAGCCUGCAACACCAAGUGCUUCAGAGCAGCCUGCAACACCAAGUGCUUCAGAGCAGCCUGCAACACCAAGUGCUUCAGAGCAGCCUGCAACACCAAGUGUUUCAGAGCAGCCUGCAACACCAAGUGUUUCAGAGCAGCCUGCAACACCAAGUGUUUCAGAGCAGCCUGCAACACCAAGUGCAACAGAGCAGCCUGCAACACCAACCAUAAUAGACAAAGUUGCAGCAAUAGGUCCAGCAGUCAAACCUGCAACACCAAGUGUUUCAGAGCAGCCUGCAACACCAAGUGCUUCAGAGCAGCCUGCAUCACCAAGUGUAGAAGAGCAGCCUGCAACACCAAGUGUAGAAGAGCAGCCUGCAACACCAAGUGUAGAAGAGCAGCCUGCAACACCAAGUGUAGAAGAGCAGCCUGCAACACCAAGUGUAGAAGAGCAGCCUGCAACACCAAGUGUAGAAGAGCAGCCUGCAACACCAAGUGUAGAAGAGCAGCCUGCAACACCAAGUGUAGAAGAGCAGCCUGCAACACCAAGUGUAGAAGAGCAGCCUGCAACACCAAGUGUACCAGAGCAGCCUGCAACAUCAAGUGUUUCAGAGCAAACUGCAACACCAAGUGUACCAGAGCAGCCUGCAACACCAUGUGUACCAGAGCAGCCUGCAACACCAAGUGUACCAGAGCAGCCUACAACACCAAGUGUUUCAGAACAGCCUGCAACACCAUGUGUUUCAGAGCAGCCUGCAACAUCAAGUGCUUCAGAGCAGCCUGCAACAUCAAGUGCUUCAGAGCAGCCUGCAACAUCAAGUGCUUCAGAGCAGCCUGCAACACCAAGUGUUUCAGAGCAGCCUGCAACACCAAGUGCUUCAGAGCAGCCUGCAACACCAAGUGCUUCAGAGCAGCCUGCAACACCAAGUGCAACAGAGCAGCCUGCAACACCAACGAUAAUAGACAAAGUUGCAGCAAUAGGCCCAGCAGUCAAACCUGCAACACCAAGUGUUGCAGAGCAGCCUGCAACACCAAGUGUACCAGAGCAGCCUGCAACAUCAAGUGUUUCAGAGCAAACUGCAGCACCAAGUGUUGCAGAGCAGCCUGCAACAUCAAGUGCUUCAGAGCAGCCUGCAACAUCAAGUGUUUCAGAGCAGCCUGCAACACCAAGUGUCCCAGAGCAGCCUGCAACACCAAGUGUUUCAGAGCAGCCUGCAACACCAAGUGUUUCAGAGCAGCCUGCAACACCAAGUGUUGCAGAGCAACCUGUAACACCAAGUGUACCAGAGCAGCCUGCAACACCAAGUGCAACAGAGCAGCCUGCAACACCAACCAUAAUAGACAAAGUUGCAGCAAUAGGCCCAGCAGUCAAACCUGCAACACUUGAUGUUGCAGAGCAGCCUGCAACAUCAAGUGUUUCAGAGCAGCCUGCAACACCAAGUGUUUCAGUGCAGCCUGCAACACCAAGUGUAGAAGAGCAGCCUGCAACACCAAGUGUAGAAGAGCAGCCUGCAACACCAAGUGCAGAAGAGCAGCCUGCAACACCAAGUGUAGAAGAGCAGCCUGCAACACCAAGUGUAGAAGAACAGCCUGCAACACCAAGUGUAGAAGAGCAGCCUGCAACACCAAGUGUAGAAGAGCAGCCUGCAACACCAAGUGUAGAAGAGCAGCCUGCAACACCAAGUGUUUCAGAGCAGCCUGCAACACCAAGUGUUUCAGAGCAGCCUGCAACACCAAGUGUUUCAGAGCAGCCUGCAACACCAUGUGUUUCAGAACAGCCUGCAACACCAAGUGUUUCAGAGCAGCCUGCAACACCAAGUGUUUCAGAGCAGCCUGCAACACCAUGUGUUUCAGAGCAGCCUGCAACACCAAGUGUUUCAGAGCAGCCUGCAACACCAAGUGUUUCAGAGCAGCCUGCAACAUCAAGUACUUCAGAGCAGCCUGCAACAUCAAGUGCUUCAGAGCAGCCUGCAACAUCAAGUGCUUCAGAGCAGCCUGCAACACCAACCAUAAUAGACAAAGUUGCAGCAAUAGGCCCAACAGUCAAACCUGCAACAUCAAGUGUUUCAGAGCAGCCUGCAACACCAAGUGUUGCAGAGCAGCCUGCAACACCAAGUGUUUCAGAGCAGCCUGCAACAUCAAGUGUUUCAGAGCAGCCUGCAACACCAAGUGUUACAGAGCAGCCUGCAACACCAAGUGUUACAGAGCAGCCUGCAACACCAAGUGUACCAGAGCAGCCUGCAACACCAAGUGCAACAGAGCAGCCUGCAACACCAACCAUAAUAGACAAAGUUGCAGCAAUAGGCCCAGCAGUCAAACCUGCAACACCAAGUGUAGCAGAGCAGCCUGCAACACCAAGUGUACCAGAGCAGCCUGCAACACCAAGUGUACCAGAGCAGCCUGCAACACCAAGUGUAACAGAGCAGCCUGCAACACCAACCAUAAUAGACAAAGUUGCAGCAAUAGGCCCAGCAGUCCAGCCUGCAACACCAAGUGCAACAGAGCAGCCUGAAGCGACAACGGUAACGGAAAUGCCUGACAUGACAGAAACCUCAACAUUACCUGUGGAAGAUGACCUAUUGACAAGGUUAAAUACGUCAAAUUACAAAGACAUCUGUGGUGUUCCAGUCUACCCGACGGCGAGGAUCGUGGGAGGGAACGAGGCCGCCUUUGGAGAGUGGCCGUGGCAGGUGUCUCUGAGACAGUGGCGACAGGUUACGUUCCUCCACAAGUGUGGCGCCGCGCUCCUGAACGAGAACUGGGCCAUCACAGCUGCUCACUGCGUCGAAAACUUACAGCCAGAACAGCUGCUUCUAAGGCUAGGAGAGUUCGACCUGGAGCGGACAGACGAGCCGUAUCCCUACGCUGAGAGGAAGGUCCAGAUCAUCGCUACCCAUCCCAAGUUCGACCCCCGCACCUUCGAGUUCGACCUUGCCCUCCUGAGGUUCUACGAACCGGUCAGCUUCAUGCCCAAUAUCAUCCCCAUCUGUGUACCUCAGGACGACUACAGCUUCCUCAACGACACUGGCUACGUAACAGGGUGGGGAAGGCUUUACGAAGAUGGUCCUCUGCCAUCUGUGUUGCAGAAUGUCCAUGUGCCCGUCAUUACCAACCAGCAGUGUGAGAACAUGUACAGAGUGGCUGGAUAUGUGGAACACAUUCCCGACAUCUUCAUAUGCGCAGGCUAUGAGGGAGGACGGCAAGACUCCUGUGAGGGCGACUCUGGCGGUCCCUUGGUCAUCCAGAGGAACGGUGUGUGGAACCUGGCCGGCGUGAUCUCCUGGGGGAUAGGCUGCGCUCUGCCCAACCAGCCCGGCGUCUACACCAGAAUAUCAGCAUUUAGGGAGUGGAUCGAGAAAAUUAUCGUGUUUUGAAACUUGUUAAUUAUAUUUAUAUUUAAUAUUAAUAUUAUUGCUAACACUUCACAUGCAAUUAUCUCGCGGAGGAAAUGAGUUAUUACAAAAAUAAAUAAUCGCUGUUAAUUCUCCAGGGAUAAUUGUAGCUUUUUUUUUUUAAGCUGUUGAAUUUGUUAGUGACUCUCUGGAGAGAAUUUGUUUGAAUCGGAAAUGCAUCUUAAGUCAUGAUUAUUAUGACUUGUGGAGACAACAUGCGAUCAUUUCUGAAGGAAUUAUGUGAUUUUUAACGUAUUUUAUAUUAGGGGAAGGAAGUUAACAUUUGUAUUAUAAAUGAAUUGUGACAUAUUCCUCCAUAGGUAAACAUCUCUUGCUUGUAGUAUUGUUAUUUAUUUGUUCUGGCUGUGAGUGUUUGUAUGUUUGUUUGUUUGUGUGUGUGUGUAUUUAUGCGUUUAAAAAUGCAUGGUUGUUUAAUAACUCCUGUUCCCUAUUUAUUUUGUUCGUGAUAAUUAUUUUGUUAAGUGAUCUCCUGGAAGAUGUAGGCAUUAUUUUGACACUUCAUAAUGGUGUAUUUUUUGUAUUAUUGUUAUUGUUAUUGUUGUUGUUGUUGUUGUUGUUGGCAGGAUGACGCAUGCUGAUUUUCUCCUCUUUCACCAUUUUCAUUACUGAUCAUAUAAUUAUUUGAACAACGGAGAAUUGUGAGCACCAAGAUAAUAUUUUGAUCUUGAUUGAUGCAGCUUAUCAAGAAUAAACAUUGACUCAGGUUGAUUUGGGCUUGCUGCAAUAUCUGUGUUUCUUUGUUUGUUUGUGUACAUGUGUGUGUGAGAUGUAAGGGCCAUAUAUUUAUAUAUACAAGAACUCCCGUGCGGGGUUUUAUUGUGUGUAUUUCAUGUGUAUGAUGAGCUAAGAGUAGUCACACAUGUGUAGUCACAUGUGUCCCCAGACUUCCCACUACACCUGCUCCCCUACCAGCUAGCUGACCUGUGAUAUUUGAGGACCUCUGCCCCGUCCUGUGACCCCCUCCUUCUAUGAACCUCACUACCUCCACCCCCCCUUUGUAUCUCCCAUACCCCCUCACCCCUCGUCGACUCUUGCGUCUCAAACCAUCUUGUGAUUUAAGGGCAUUUUUCCCACCAAGAUGAUCAGUGAAACCUGAAACUUUCACACGUGUUGCCCCCCUAACAUCUGACAGUAGCAAGUUGUCAGGUGUUGCAUGUGUUGCCAUUUCUGUCCUCUCAAAAUACCUUCACCCCUCCAGGUGUUGUUUUUUAACCCCUCAAUUUGUGUGUCACCUCCCCCCCAUCACCCUCCCUCUUCCAUGGGCAACUGUUAUUUAUACGAAUCAGGUUUAGCUCCUUUAUAUA